AAAGGUUUUUUGGCAACUCUGGUGAGAGAGGAAAAAAAAAAAGGAAAGGAAAGAAAAAAAAAAAAAAAGAAGAAGGAAAGACAACUUUUCAUCAAUGGCCUCUUUUGGAUAUUUCCUGUUUCUUUGUGGGUUGAGUCAGGCUCUGUCAAGUUACCCAAUCUGGUGGUCCUUGGCAAUUGGUCAUCAAUAUUCCUCCCUGGGAACUCAGCCCAUCCUCUGCGGGAGCAUCCCAGGACUGGUACCCAAGCAGCUACGCUUCUGUCGGAACUAUGUGGAGAUCAUGCCCAGCGUAGCAGAAGGGGUAAAGAUUGGGAUCCAGGAAUGCCAACACCAGUUUCGAGGGAGAAGGUGGAACUGCACAACUGUCAAUGACAGCUUAGCCAUCUUUGGGCCUGUGCUAGAUAAAGCUACCAGGGAGUCAGCCUUUGUCCACGCCAUCGCCUCGGCCGGAGUGGCUUUCGCGGUGACCAGGUCCUGCGCUGAAGGCUCGGCCACCAUCUGCGGCUGUGACACGCGCCACAAGGGCUCUCCUGGGGAGGGCUGGAAGUGGGGGGGCUGCAGCGAGGACGUGGAGUUCGGGAGCAUGGUGUCUCGGGAGUUCGCAGAUGCUCGAGAGAACAGACCAGAUGCUCGAUCGGCCAUGAACAGGCACAACAACGAAGCUGGAAGGACUUCUAUCAUUGAACUGAUGCAUCUCAAGUGCAAGUGCCACGGCCUGUCGGGCAGCUGCGAAGUGAAGACCUGCUGGUGGUCUCAGCCAGACUUCAGGGUCAUCGGCGACUACCUCAAGGACAAGUACGACAGCGCUUCUGAAAUGGUGGUGGAGAAGCACCGCGAGUCGCGCGGCUGGGUGGAGACCCUCAGGCCCAAAUACAACUUCUUCAAGGCUCCAACUGAGAAGGACCUGGUUUACUACGAGAACUCGCCAAACUUUUGCGAGCCCAACCCUGAGACAGGUUCCUUCGGGACCCGAGACAGGAUCUGCAACGUCACUUCCCACGGGAUCGACGGCUGCGACCUGCUGUGCUGCGGCCGCGGGCACAACACGAGGACUGAGAAGCGGAAGGAGAAGUGCCACUGCAUCUUCCACUGGUGCUGCUACGUGCGCUGCCAGGAGUGCAUACGAGUCUACGACGUCCACACGUGCAAAUAAAGCAUGGCAAACGCCUUUGCUGGGCUCCCAGGGGAGACACCCAUCCCAGCCUACUUCCUCCGAGGGUGCAGACAUGAGAGAAGUCUACUUUUUGGAUAUUAAAACAAUAAAAACUCUUU